AUGUUACAUUUAGAGAAGUGUAAGAAAAAUGUCGAGAAUCGAUCAAAGCAGCUUUACACCCACAUCGGCGGAUCGAAAAGCUUGGCAAGGCACGGAGAAGAAGAGUCGGAACGACAAGGGAGGAGAGUUAGUAGAGGAGAGUUGUAUCUCUUAACGCACAAAAGAGAUGAUGGCUCCUAUAUCCAUGAUGCGGCUCGCGCUAUUGGAGAAAGAAUUGAGGCUAUUGAGCAAGGCGAUGAAUCUUCUAGACUGUUAUGCCAGAAUGAUUCGCUUGCUCAAGCUCUCGGAAAAGAGCGCCCGGGUAGGGUGCGUGGCAUGGGGUUGGGACCGACUUCUAGUCAAGUCUUUGGUAUGAAUUCCCAUCAGUCGAGCAAUAGUUUUGAAAGGAAGGAGACUCAAAGGGUGCUGCUUGAACUGCAAGCAGAGUUGGUAGUAGAGAAAUUGAAAAGGAAGGCAGUGGAGGAUGAAGUAGCAACCGAGAAGACCAAAAGACAGUCAGUGGAGGAUGAAGUAGCAGCUGGAAAGGUCAGGAUGCAGGCAAUGGAGAGUGCUUUGAUAUGUCUACUUCAAGGGCAAGGUAGGGAGCUGCCAUCAGACGUCGCCACAUGGAUGAGUGCGUUGGAGGGACAGAUUAGAAAGUAG